AUGGUCAAGAUUGAGCCUUUCGCCGUAGAACAAUGGAUGGACAAAUAUGAGGUCACACCUGGGGUUCUCAAUAUUGCCGAGACAUGUGCAGCUUCCAUCUCCAUUGACGAUCUCGUAAAGCUAUCCGAAGAUCCAAAUCUGCCUCAUCCAAUAUCAACCUCGACCAAACUCACAUACGGACAUAUCCGUGGAUCGCCCGCUCUUCGGGAACGUCUAGCGUCUCUUUAUUCCGCUAGAACUAGCUCGCCUCUAUCAACAGAGAGUAUACUUCUCACGCGCGGUGCCAUUGAAGCGAAUUUCCUCACAUUAUAUACGUUGAUUGGCCCUGGAGAUCAUGUAGUUUGUGUGCAUCCAACUUAUCAACAACUAUACUCUGUUCCACAAAGUCUCGGUGCGGAGGUCUCGCUAUGGAAGUUACGCAAGGGAAAGAAGUUCAUUCCUGAUCUAGAGGAGCUGAAGCAAUUAGUCAAAGAUAAUACCAAGAUGAUUAUUAUCAAUAAUCCAAACAACCCCACAGGCGCUACAAUUCCAAAGUCCGUUUUACAAGGCUUGACGGAGCUUGCGAGAGAAAAAGGAAUCAUUAUUUUGAGCGACGAAGUUUAUCGACCAUUGUUUCACGGAAUAUCAGUAGCUGAUGCAGAAUUCCCUCCAUCGAUGGUAUCCAUGCCUUACGAGAAAAUCAUAGUCACUGGCUCCAUGUCAAAAGCUUACUCGCUGGCUGGUAUUCGCAUUGGUUGGGUCGCAUGCAAGGACAAAGCUAUCAUCGAAGCUCUCGCAGAAGCUCGAGAUUACACCACUAUUUCUGUUUCGCAGCUGGACGAUCAAGUUGCCUCUUAUGCCAUGAAUCAAUCUGUCAUCCACGCACUCCUUGGCAGGAACAUCAAACUUGCCAAAACCAAUGUGGCACUUGUAGAUGCUUUUGUCAACGAACAUAGCGAAAACCUGUCUUGGGUUAAGCCAAAUGGUGGCACUACAGCCUUUAUCAAAGUGGAAAACAGAAGGGAGCCAGUGGAUGAUGUACAAUUCUGUGUGGAUGUUAUCGAGAAGACCAAGGUUAUGUUCUUGCCAGGUUCUAAAUGUUUUGGCGAGGAAUUUAAAGGGUAUGUAAGAAUUGGAUUUGUGUGCGAGACGGAGGUCUUGAAAGAAGGUCUGCAAAAACUGGGAGGAUACAUUAGGGAAUAUCUUAAGUGA